GAGAGAGAAGGAGACCGUUAAUUUCGGUUUAAAAAAAAGAAGAGAGAGAGAGAGAGAGAGAAAGAAAAAGAAAUGGUUACAGACCAAGAAAUAUCGGAAGCCAUAGAGUCUCUUUUCAACAACAACGUCAAAGAAGAAGGCGACGAAAAUGACAACUCGCUGAGCAGCCUAAACGGCGUCGUUAGGAAGCUGGAAUCGAAGCUCGGUGUCGAUCUCUCUCACAAGCUCGACUUCAUUCGCGCUCAGAUCCACUUUCUCUUCCAACCUCAGCAACAACAACAACAUCACCAACAGCAAUACCAACAACGACUGCCACAUCAGCAUCAUCAACAACAACAACAACAGCAUCAGCAUCAGCAGCCAAAGGACCAUUUUGCCCUCCACCAAAACCCUAAUUACCACCCCGCUCCUCCCUCCUCCUCCGCCUUUCAGAUCUUCUCCGCUCCUCCGCCGCAGAAUCAUGCCGAAGUCGCCGUUGCUCAGCCGCCUCCGCUGGCUGUUAGUGCUUCACCCAAAACUACUAAGAGAAAAGGUGGGCCAGGGGGCCUAAACAAACUUUGUGGCGUUUCGCCUGAACUUCAAACUAUUGUUGGCCAGCCAGCAUUGCCAAGGACCGAGAUUGUCAAGCAAUUGUGGGCUUACAUAAGGAAACACAAUCUCCAAGAUCCAAGUAACAAAAGAAAAAUAAUCUGCAAUGAUGAGCUGCGUUUGGUAUUUGAGACGGACUGUACUGACAUGUUCAAAAUGAACAAGUUGCUAGCUAAACAUAUCAUUCCACUUGAACCUAGUAAACAGUCAGGUUCUAAGAAGGCAAAAGUAGAUGUGGAGUCUGCAAUGAGAAGUAGUGAUCCCGGUCCUUCUGUAAUAAUAUCUGAAGCUCUUGCAAACUUCUUUGGUGUUGGUGAAAGGGAGAUGCUCCAAUCAGAGGUUUUAAGACGGAUCUGGGAAUACAUAAAACUCUGUAAUCUGGAGGAUCCCGUAACUCCAAUGGAAAUACUAUGUGAUGCAAAGCUUCAAGAGCUCUUUGGUUGUGAAAGCAUUUCUGCUUUGGGGAUACCGGAAGUUUUGGAAAACCAUCAUAUAAUCAGGAAAUAAUGGUGCUGAUCAUUAACUGAUGUAAAUGAAUGGUGCUGAAGCCAAUAUGUUAUGCAAUGCCUCGCCUCAGAAAGCUAAUAGCGUUUUUGUAUAUUGAUCACUUAGAUGUGAUGAUUCUCUAUCAGAAGUGUGCAAGUUAUGAACACAAUGAAGAUGCUGUGCAAGUUUUAUUUUGCAAUUGGCCCCAUUGUCCUAGGUUUGCAAUUUGUCUGACUUGUUAUCUUAGGUUAGCAUAACCCUUGGGAGUUUCUAACACCUGUAAAGUUCAGACAGUAGGAAAAUCAAGAUCAUUUGUAAAAGUUGUGUUACUCGUUUUUAUUUUUUCUUUUCCCCCCACUAAUUAGAUGGUGUAUGUUUAGAUUUGUAUUAACUGUGUCUAGUUUAUUGUGCAUGUAAAUAACUUUUAGGAAACUGCUCAUUUCCUGGCUAAGAAUUAAUAUGAAAGUUUGUUCAUGUGUUACCUGUUGAAA